AUGUCGCUACGACAGGCAUCGUUGUUGCGCCCGCGCUUUGUUUUGCGCCACGUCAACGGCUUUGCGCUUAGACAAGGGCCUUCUUUUCACUCUAUUGCAACUCGCAACCAACAAAGCCGGGCCGCAGGUAAGACGUGGUCCGAGACCGACAAUACGCCGACAGUACCUUUCAUCAUCAACGGCAACAACUACUAUGCCAAGAAGAGUUUCGACGUUGUGUCUCCUGUCACUGGCGAGGUGACGCAUCGAUGCGGAUCUGCCUCUGUCGAGGAUGCAGAUGCCGCGGUCGAUGCCGCAGCCGAGGCUUUCAAGACAUGGAGAAGGUCAACGCCGUCGCAUCGUCGUGACAUCUUCCUCAAGGCUGCCGACCUCAUUGAAAAGAAGGGCGAUGAACUGGCCCAGAUUAUGUCAAGCGAGACGGGAGCUGCUGCGCCAUGGGCUCUUUUCAACAUCAACACAGCGGCUGACCUGACCAGAGAUGCCGCUGGUCGCAUCUCAUCCAUAGAAGGCUCGUUCCCUACGCUGAUGGAUCCUGACACAAGCGGAAUUGUCCUUCGAGAGCCUUAUGGCGUCGUUCUGUCUGUAGCCCCUUGGAACGCUACUUAUAUCUUGCCUGCUCGUUCUAUGGUCGGCCCUGUUGCUGCAGGAAAUACCGCCAUCCUGAAAGCUUCAGAGCUUGCGCCCCGCACCAUGUUUGCUCUGAUAUCCAUCUUCCACGAGGCCGGUCUGCCCAACGGCGUCAUGAACAUGAUUGCACACGAUAGGGAGAGUGCGGCUGAGGUCACAGCAGCACUGAUUGCCAACCCCCUCGUGAGGAAAGUCAAUUUCACGGGCAGCACCAACGUCGGAAAGGCCAUCGGAAGACUUGCUGGCGAACACCUCAAGCCGGUCCUCCUCGAACUUGGAGGCAAAGCGCCCGCCAUCGUGUGGGAGGAUGCAGAUCUGGAUUUGGCUGCCAAGAAAUGCGCAUUCGGCGCCUUGUUCCACGGCGGCCAGACCUGCAUGGCCACCGAGCGCAUCAUUGUCCACAAAAACGUCAAAGCCCAGUUCCAGGAGAAGCUGAAAGCCGCCGUGAACGAGCUGUACCCUUCCAACGGCCCUGGUGCUAUCCUUAUCAACGAAACGGCCGUGAAGCGUAACAAGGCUCUCGUCGAAGAUGCCACUUCGAAAGGCGCGACGGUGCUUCUCGGAGACGUCAGCGUUAGCGAGGCGCGCAAAGCUGAAUUGCGACCUGUCCUUCUUGACAACGUGACGCCCGACAUGGACAUUUACAAGACAGAGACCUUUGGCCCAACGGUAGCCCUUUACGAGGUCGAGACGGAAGAGCAGGCCCUGGAGCUGGCAAACGAUACCGAGUACGGCCUGACGUCUGCCGUCUUCACUGAGGAUCUCAAGAGGGGACUUCGCUUCGCAAGGGGGAUCGAGUCCGGGGCAGUACACAUUAAUGACAUGACCGUCCACGAUGAAGCAGUUCUGCCCCAUGGAGGAACCAAGUCGAGUGGGUUUGGGCGCUUCAACGCAACGGCUGGACUCGAUGAGUGGGUGAGAACAAAGACCAUUACAUUCAAAAAUUAG